AUGAACUAUCCCAUGAGAGACAAAGCUGCUCACUUCAGACGGCCUCUGGGGCCAGACCAGAACACGGCCAACAUACCUAUCAUUGACAUUUCUGCUCCUGAUGCCGACCAAAAAGAAGUUGCUAAACAGCUUGUCGACGCUGCUGAAGAGCAUGGGUUCAUUUACAUCCGCAACCUGGGCCUUGACAUUCAAGCUAAGGACAUUGAUGGGGCGUUUGAUCUUGUCCGAAAGACGUUCGAAUGCCCCUUGGAAGAGAAGCAAAGGUGCACGAUCCAGACCAACAACCGUGGAUGGUCUGGCAUGCACUCCGAAACACUGGAUCCUAAACAUCAAAAGGUUGGGGACUUCAAAGAAGCCUUCAACUUUGGCGAGUUCGCAGAUGGGAAAGCCCAACAGCCUCUCCCAUCUGACCUGGUUUCUCAUGAGCCUCAGAUAAGUGCUUUUGCUAACUCAUGCCAUGACCUCUGCCAGAAGCUUCUAUACCUGCUUGGUCUAGGUCUCGGUGUCGACGAUUUCUUCUCCUCUGCUCACAACACAGAAAAAGGCGCUUCGAGCUCUAUACUUCGCUUUCUGCGUUAUCCACCCCCGGAAUCUACUGCACACUCCGAAGAUGACAUUCGUGCUGGAGCUCACUCAGACUACGGUUCUGUCACUCUCCUCUUCCGUCUCAAGGGACAAGCAGGACUCGAAGUUCUCAGAAAGGAUAACGUUUGGGCACCUGUUCCUGUGUGUCCUGAUGGCACUGAAGAAGACCCCAGCCCGCCCAUUCUCGUCAACAUCGGCGAUCUGUUGUCAUACUGGACGAACGGACUCUUCCGCAGCACUUUACAUAGAGUCGUCUUCCCCUCAGAAGGCAGCUCCGGGGUGCAAGGGGAGACAAGCAAUGGGCCAAGGUAUUCAAUCGCGUACUUUUGCCACCCUGUCGGGGCCGCACCUCUUGAGCCUGUCCCUAGCGAAAGAGUGAAGAACUAUACCCCUUCCGAGGGAAUGUCCAGCGAGAACCCUUAUGCUACAAGAAAGGUCAUGACAGCUGAUGAGCACCUAUUUAUGAGACUCAAGGAGAGUUACGGCGAUCUGUAUGAGGAAAAGUCAUAG